UGUCAAGUUGAUGGAAAAUUGGUGUUGGAUGCAGAUGCUAGAACACAAGCAAGAGCGGAAGCUAACUGGCUGUUUGCCUUCACUAGGACAUUAGAUGGUAAUGCUCAAAUGAUCGCUUCCGAUUCGGUUGGCCCAUUCAAGAUGGAUACGUUCGCAUCGGCGUUGAAUCUGGCACGAAUGGGAGCCCAACAAAUAUUCUCCUUCUACAAAGAAAUGAUGGAACGAAAACUCAGUGUCGACAUUUUCACGAAGCCGGAACAAGAAUUGGCAAGUUGA